GCCGGAUGCUGAUUUGCGACAGUUUCACAAACACACAGCCGUCACACUUUACGGCUGAGCGUGUUGCAUGCUCGACAAGAGGCACUGGACACUGUCAGAAGACAUGCGCAUUGGACUGCCGAGUGCAGACACACUGCAAGGUGGAUCCUUGAAAGCUUUGGUUGUGACUGUGCUCCUUGGUGUGUUUAUGUUCCAGCUGCUACGGAGCGUUGGACUGAGGGCCUUUUCCAUGGCAUCUGAGACGUACACGUCGGGCACACACUCUGCCGCCUUCGUCACCUGCCCUAAUGACACCGUGGCAAAAGAACUGGCAAGGGGCAUUGUGGAAAAGAAGCUAGCAGCCUGCGUCAACAUUGUCCCAGCAAUCACGUCUGUAUAUGAAUGGCAGGGGAAGAUAGAAGAGGACAGCGAGGUGCUGCUGAUGAUCAAAACAAGAAGCUCCAAGGUGCCUGCUCUUGCAGAAUAUGUUCGCUCCAACCAUCCAUACGAGGUGGCCGAGGUCAUCAGCCUGCCUAUUGACCAGGGCAACCCGCCCUACCUCAAGUGGAUAGGAGACAUCGUCCCAGAGUAAGGACAUAGGGAGGAAUGAGCGGACUGAUUUAUUAAUAAACUGGUUAAAAAAGGAGAUUACAACUGUUUUCCUUUGAUGAAAAACCCAAUAAUCUGCCCCCCCCUUAAGAAACCACUCUUCUUUAAUGUUAUCUCACCAAGACCUAUAAACAACACAAAGGUUUGUCAUGUGAAUCACCAACAUGAGUGUUUUUUAAGUGUUUCAUUUGAGGCUGAAAACAUCUCUCAUGUUUACCUCUAGAGGGCAGCCUUGACUUA